AUGGGAGCAGGAAACCACACAGGAGUAUCACAGUUCCUCCUCCUGGGCCUCUCAGACGAUCCUGACCUGCAGCCCCUCCUCUUUGGAGUGUUCCUGUCCAUGUACCUGGUCGCUGUGCUGGGGAACCUGCUCAUCAUCCUGGCCGUCAGCUCAGACCCCCACCUCCACACCCCCAUGUACUUCUUCCUCGCCAACCUCUCCUUGGUGGACAUCUGUUUCGUCUCCACCACUGUCCCAAGGAUGCUGGUGAACAUCCAGACACAGAGCAAAAGCAUCUCCUACAUAGGGUGCCUCACUCAAGUGUUAUUUUUUUUUUUGAUUUUUGCUGUAAUGGAUAGUUUUCUCCUGACUGUGAUGGCCUAUGACUGGUUUGUGGCCAUCUGCCAUCCCCUGCACUACAUGGUCAUCAUGAACCCCCGCUUCUGUGGCCUCCUGGUUCUGAUGUGUUGGCUCCUCAUUUUCUGGGUUCCCCUGAUUCAUAUUCUACUGUUGAGGCGGCUGAACUUCUGUACUGGCACUGAAAUUCCACAUUUCUUCUGUGAACUGGCUCAGAUUCUCAAGGUGGCCUGCUCUGACACCCUCAUCAAUAACAUCGUCUUGUUUGUGGCCACUGCCCUGCUGGGUGUGUUUCCCCUCAGUGGAAUCCUCUUCUCUUACUCUCGAAUUGUCUCCUCUUUAAUGAGAAUCUCCUCUGCAGCGGGAAAAUAUAAAGCAUUUUCUACCUGUGGGUCUCACCUCUCUGUGGUUUCCUUGUUCUAUGGGACAGGCCUGGGGAUCUAUCUCACUUCUGCUGUGACCCAUUCUCCCCAGAGAAGCUCCAUCGCCUCAGUGAUGUACACCGUGCUCACCCCCAUGCUGAACCCCUUCAUCUACAGCCUGAGGAACAAGGAUGUGAAGGGGGCCCUGGAAAGGCUCCUCGGUUUAGGUACCACUUGUCUGUGA